CCCAUGGUGAGAGGAUCAAACUUCCUAUUUCAGACGUGAGGACUCGAACAGGUUUUAGAUCUCCACAGAAGAAAAGGGUGAAAUCAUUGCGUUCAUUAGCACCGAGAUCGGAUAUCAUUGUUUUGCGCGUUAAACCCUCCAUUAGCAGUGUCCAGGAUGACUCCAGUUAACCGGAAGAGCGCGAUGGAUGUUUCUCCCCGUGCGCUUCGGGCGGACAUGUGAAUUUUUACGCAGAACCUCGAUGCGAAUUUUUACGCACUAUCGAAAUUCAGGGACUCGAAGCACGGAAGAAGUGUGUCGCGUCCAGAAAGGCGCAAUCAUGAUGCAGCAUCCUCUGGAGAUCGGGGCUCAUUAUUACCCUGCAGAAGCACAGCAGGAUCACAGAUCUCACCGGUACAGAAGCUUCAUGAUCGAAGAGAUUCUCACCGAGCAUCCGGACCACAAGGCCUCUCCUCCUGCCGGAGAUUUACUCAAAUUCGGAGUACACGCUCUUUUGUCGGCACGGCCAUAUCCAAAUCACAUAGUGCUGAAGGCAGAGCAGAGCGGCCUUCUGAAGUUCCCCGUGUCCCCGCUGUCUUGUUCCCUCGGACCGCCGCUCGGCUCUGCUCUGCUCCCGGGGCCCCCGGGGCUCGGCGUGGUCUCAGCUUCGCACCAUCUCCCGCUCGACCUGCACUUGCGCGGGAAACUCGAACCCGGAGCCGAGGCGCUCAGCAAGACUAAGAAAGGCAGAAGAAGCAGAACUGUGUUCACAGAGCUUCAACUUAUGGGCCUGGAGAAAAGAUUCGAGAAACAGAAAUACCUCUCGACCCCGGACAGAAUAGAUCUGGCUGAAUCUUUAGGCCUGAGUCAGCUGCAGGUCAAAACGUGGUAUCAAAACAGAAGAAUGAAAUGGAAAAAAAUCGUAUUACAGGGGGGAGGACUGGAGUCUCCCACCAAACCGAAAGGACGCCCAAAAAAGAACUCCAUACCUUCCGGUGAGCAGCUUUCUGAGCAGGAGAGAGAGAGAACGCGGGAGACCGAGAGCGCAUCUUCAUCGUCGUCAUCUUCCUCAUCAUCGUCAUCCUCGUCAUCCUGUUCAGGCCAGUCUGAACCCAGUCAAGAGGAAUAAACGUGCCCACCCUCCGGCCAUGUGAAUCCAGUUUACGCUUUAAGGAUGCGCAGGCUACCAGCGUUUCAUGGAUUGUCCUCUUUUUUUUGUCGUAAUCGACGUGUUGGCACUUAAAAAACUGACCCAGACAAGUCAAAUAAAGUGGACCGAUGUGAUGUUUCCAUUUUGCUCAAAAAUUAUGGACUGCUGCUAUUUUUUUCCUCUUUAUAAAAAAUUCUGAGCAGAGCUGAGCUGAAAUGGGUCUUUCACCUUUUUGUAAACACUUUACGUUGGAGAAGUCGCAGGGACGUUUUUUUCUGCAAUUCCUGUGCU